AUGACAACCAAAAACCGGCAAUUGUAAACAACAUAGAAAUUAGAAAUAUAUUUCUUCGAAAAACACAAUAUAAAUUAAUAAAGGAAGCAAAAGACUUUCAAUCUUUGCAAUGAAUGAUUCUCUAAAUUCUAAUAUGCCUGAACCUAAAAAAGUCGGCGUUUGGGCAGAGGGAACUCACAUUGAGGCCAAGGAAUUUAUAAUACCGAAGAAGUCUCCAGAUUCGAGCGACGAUAUACCCACCAUACCGGACUUAGAUGACCUGCAGGAUAUCUUGGAAAAAGAAAUAUCCUCACCUCCUAUUCCAGAUAGAAAAGAUAAAGAGACAGUGAGUGCUCUGGCAGAGGUCAGUGGUGGCAUCAGCGGCUCUGUGGAAGGCAUUGACGCAGCCCUAGAGGUGCUCAAGUCCUACAUUCCAAUUGUGGAGGCUGAUGUGGCUGAUACGGUGUGGACAGUCGACACACUGCUUACCCAACUAGCUGAGGAGAACCAGGACACUGACACAUAAUUAUUUCAAUGCUAUUUAACCAUAAAAUAGUUUAUUAUAGAGGUCCAUCUCUAUUGUGUGCGUUGUGAGGUGGAUUACCAACCUCAUCAACUCUUGUGUCAGGGUAUAGAGAUCUAUGAAUACAUGUUAGGUUAUAAAAUAAAAAGUAUAGCGUUGUACCUUAGUAUGUUUAAU